AUGCACUUCACUACUCUGGCUAUCGCGGCCGGUCUCGGUCUGGCAGCUGCCCACGGUGGCGAUGGAGUGCCUCUCCCUAACAUCAUGGCCGGAAGACGUGCCUUGCAGGAGUUCACCUCGGCCCGUCGCCAGGUGCAGCGCCGCGCGGCCCAUGUCGAGCCUGUCCAUGAGGCCUCGGAGCUGGAGAAGCGCCAGUCCGUUGGUCGUUGUGGCCCCAACUUCAACAAUCAGGUCUGCGACGCAGGCUACUGCUGUUCAAGUGCUGGAUGGUGUGGCCAAGGAUACUUGUAUUGCUCUGCGCCGUCGUGCAUGAUUGAGUACGGCCCGGCCUGCGACGCAAACAUCCGCCCUAACGGGCCGGACACGGCCAACAUCCCCCGUCCAAAGGUUGGCUCCGUGGCUUACGGCUCGGCCAUCUAUCACUGUGAGAAAUAUGGUGACAUUGCUCUCACAUUUGACGACGGUCCUUACAUCUACACUGAGGACCUGUUGAAUAAGCUCAAGGCCUACAAUGCGAAGGCUACUUUCUACAUCACUGGAAACAACCUGGGCAAGGGCAAGAUCAACGACCCCACCACUGCCUGGCCUGGUCUCAUUCGACGCAUGAUUGCCGAAGGCCACCAGAUUGCCAGCCACACGUGGUCUCAUCAGAGACUCACUACCGUCAGCGCGGAGAAGUUCCGCAACCAAAUGAUCUACAAUGAGAUCGCAUUCGCCGACCUGCUGGGCUACUUCCCGACCUACAUGAGACCUCCCUACUCCGCUUGUGAUGCCACCUGCGAGGGAUACCUCAACGACCUCGGCUAUCACAUUACCUACUUCAACCUCGACACCGAGGGAUACCUCCAAGACAGCCCCGAGCUCAUCCAGAUAUCCAAGGACAUCUGGGACAGCAAGGUGGAGGGUAAAAGCCCCGCCAACAACAAGUGGCUCCACAUCGAGCACGACCCAGUCUACCAGACCGUCUACAACCUGACAGACUACAUGCUCGAGUCUCUCUUCCGCAACGGUUUCAAGUCCGUCACUGUCGGCGACUGCCUCAACGACCCCAAGGAGAACUGGUACCGCCAGGUCGGCAACGUCCCCCCCAGCAGCAGCAGUAGCAGCAGCAGUACAACUUCCCGCGCCACUGCCACCUCUUCCACCUCCCGCGCUGCCACUCCCUCGGGAACUCUCACCCCCUCCAAGGACGGCCGCUGCGGCCCCAACUUUGGCUUCACAACCUGCAUCAGCGAGCCCGGAGCCACCUGCUGCUCCGCUGCCGGAUGGUGCGGAAACACCGCCGACCACUGCGGCGCCUCGUGCCAGCCUCUUUACGGCAACUGCGCCAUUUCGACUCCCCGCGUAUCUACCUCUCCUGUGCCUCCGGCAUCAUCCUCGUCGUCCUCGUCGACGUCGAAGUCGACGUCGUCGCCCACCAAGGUCAGCUCUGCCCCCGCGUCUACAGCUUCGCCGCCCAUCAGCACCAACGGUCGCUGCGGCUCUACGCAAGGCGGCACAACCUGCAUCAAGGAGCCCGGCGCCACGUGCUGUAGCCAGUACGGCUGGUGCGGAGCCUCCGCUGACCAUUGCGGCGUGGGAUGUCAGCCUCUCUUUGGUACCUGCAACAGCGUAUAA